GGUGCUCCCACUUCUACAACCGCUACGGAAGACAACGGCAGUUCUAGUAGUGGGGCUGGCUCAUCAAGUACUAGUGCAAGAACUAGAACUACAACUACAAGCGACCAUGUAGAAGAAGCUAUAGGAAGUGCAACAGGAACUUCUGGUGUCGGUGCUGAGUCUGUUGUUGAUCAGGGUGUAGUGGCCAGCUCGAGCAUGACCGCAACAGAUGGACAGGAGGCUGGAAUCGUGGAUGACCACGCUGUCUUUGAGGACGACAUUACUGCUUCCACCUCCAUCAUCACUGCAGUUCAGACACCAGGAGGUGCUCGAGAACAGUCGGCGUCGUCCGUUGACCGACCAGGUUCUUCAUUUCGUCAGCGACACUACGUUGUGCCCCCACUCGCGCUGCCGUCUCGGGACGAUGCAUCGGCGAACGAUGCACGUGUUGCUCAUCACGGAGAUGAAUCCGCGAAUCCUGUGGAGAACAGCAGCAUGGACGUCGACUUUCCAAUCGCUGCUGCGCAGAGCACUACUCCUGAUGUGGGCAUAUUGGAACCAGGAGAAGCGAUUAGAACUAGAAGUACAACAACGCGAAGAAGUUCUUCGAAGUUUAGCAUUGCGACGCCUCGGCCACAGAAGUUUAGCAUUGCGACGCCGGAGCCUUCCCCCAGACCCGGUACGGAGUAUUUUUUGUUGAAAAGCCCGCGCGGUGGAGUAGGCGGACAAGCGGAGAUCAUCGAGACUGGCUUACUGGAGGAGCUCGAGGAGGCGGAAGCAGCAUCAGGAGUCGUUGAGCAAGAACAUCAAAGGUACGUACAGGUACAACACGAUGAAGAAAAAGUUGCAACUCCUGAUCACGAUCCGGCAGCUUUCUCAACUGGUAUAACCCCAGAUGUGGAUGCACCAGCAGUGGCAGUGAAUGCGCUGCUCGAGGAAGGUACACAUGAAUCUGCAAGAGCUGAGGUAAAGGCACUAGAUUCAGAGAAGGGACAACAGCUACAAUAUGCUUCGCUAGUUGUACAGGAGGAUGCACUAGCACUUCUACGCUCCCUAGAAAGACGCGUCGUAACAAUACACGACCACGACAUGGACGAGAGAGAUCUUCCCAGUCAAGCCUCCUCGCGAACGCCUCUUCUUUAUUCCUCGAAUAAACAGGAUGGAAAAGAGCUUACUAACAUGGCUGUAGAUCAUCUAGAAGAUGCGAACGAAGCAAGGUCCGGCCGAAUAGAAAAAGACUUCGACAGAUCAGAAGCAGAUGCAAAUAGAGC